AUGUCGAUAACAAAGGAGGAGUACGAGAAAGUGACCUCGAAGGUUCUUGGAGUCUCUAAGAAAUACGAAGGCAAGCCAUGUGAAGGUUACGACUUCACCAAAGGUGUAAAUUUUGUCGAGAUGAUGGACAAGAUGGGAACAACUGGUUUUCAGGCUGCGAACUUAGGGAAGUGCGUUGAGCAAAUCAAAGAGAUGCGUAAGAAUGAUGCCACUAUAUUCCUAGGAUACUCUUCUAAUAUUGUCUCCAGUGGACUUAGAGAGGUAGUUCGAUACUUAGUGAAGAAUAGCUAUGUCGAUGCUAUUGUCUGCACUGCGGGGGGAAUUGAAGAAGACUUCAUCAAAACUAUGCACCCGACCUUGAUGGGUGAUUUUUAUUUCAGAGGAAAGGAUUUAUAUCCAAAUGGGUAUAACAGAAUAGGCAAUUUGAUUCUCCCCAAUUCAAAUUAUUGUGAGUUCGAGGACUUCAUGGUCCCUCUGUUGACACAAUGCUUAAAAGAACAAAACGAGGGCGUGCAGUGGACUCCGUCCAAAUUAAUUAAACGGAUGGGCGAAGCUAUUAAUAAUGAGAAUAGUGUGUACUAUUGGGCGGCUAAGAAUGACAUCCCAGUGUAUUCCCCAGCAGUUACUGAUGGCAGUAUUGGAGAUAUGUUAUUUUUCUUUGGGUACAGACACGAAGGCUUUGUAUUAGACAUAGCACAAGACUUGAUCGACAUGGAGGACUUGGCCUUUGAUUCGGAGAAGGUUGGAUGCAUUCUGUGUGGCGCGGGAAUAGCAAAGCAUCAUAUUUUGAAUGCAAUGAAAAGACGAGGUGGUUGUGACUAUUGUGCUAUGUUGACCACUUCAAUCGAGUGUGACUGUUCGGACGCUGGGUCUGAAAUAGAAGCAGACAGAACUAAAGGCUUCUUUAAGCCAGAAUGCACACCAGCCAAAGUGGUUGGCGACGCAACUAUUCUUUUCCCAUUGUUAGUAGGGGCAACCUUUGCACAAACAGAUAACUAA